AUGGCGGAAGGGGAGGAUGUGGGCUGGUGGCGGAGGUGGCUGCAACAGAGCUACCAGGCAGUCAAGGAGAAGUCCUCCAAAGCCUUGCAGUUCAUGAAGCAAGACCUGACAGAGUUCACCGAGGUGGUGCAGCAUGACACAGCCUGCACCAUUGUGGCCACAGUUAGUGUGGUCAAGGAGAAGAUAGCUACUGAAGGCUCCUCAGGGGCAACAGCAAAAAUGAAGAAGAGUUUGUCUGGCUUCCUAGGGGUGAUCUCCAACACCUUUGCUCCCUCACCGGACAAAACUAUAGACUGCAAUUUCAUCACCCUGAUGGGCACGCCCUCUGGCACAGCUGAGCCUUAUGAUGGCACGAAGGCUCACCUCUAUAGCCCACAGUCAGACCCGGCAGCCUACUGCAAUGAACCAGCUGGGCCCCGAUUGUUUGAUGCCUGGCUUUCCCAGUUCUGCCUGGAGGAGAAGGGGGAGAUCUCAGAGCUCCUUGUCCCAGCAGCUAUUUCCCAUUCAGAAUUCUGGCAUUGGUAUUACUAUAAAGUCCAUCAACUAGAGCAGGAGCAGGCCCGGAGGGAUGCCCUGAAGCAACGUGCAGAACAGAGCAUGUCUGAAGAGCCUGGCUGGGAAGAGGAAGAAGAGGAGCUUGUGAGCGUUUCAGCUACAUCUCCAAAAGAGGCAAAGGUUCCUGUGGCCAAAACUUCCACAUCCCCUGAAGGAGGACCUGGCCCCCUGAGUCCCUAUGAAGAGAAUGCUGUGACUCCAGCCAAGCCUCCUACAGAGGUAACCCCGUCAGAGAGCAGCGAGAGUGUCUCCCUGGUAACACAGAUUGCCAAACCUGCCACUGCAGCCAAGGCACCAGGGUUGCCCAAGAACCUGUCCCAAAAGCUUCUAGAGGCAUCUUUGGAGGACCAGGGUCAGACUGUGGAUGUGGGUGAGACUGGGCCCCCGCCCCCUGCUCUGUUGAAGCCCCACAUCCCUGCUAGCCACCUCAGUGGCCCAGAGCCCAGGCCUCCAGCCAGAGCAGAGACUCUGAGGGAGGAGCCGCUCACAGACUUAUGUGUGUUUGAGCUGAACUCCCACAGUGGGAAGUCUAUCCUCUCUAACAAUGGAAAGAAAGGCUCAAGCACAGACAUCAGUGAGGACUGGGAAGAGGACUUUGACUUGGACAUGACCGAAGAAGAAGUGCAGAUGGCACUCUCCAAAGUGGAUGCUUCUGGGGAGAUGGAAGAUGUAGAGUGGGAGGACUGGGAAUGAGGGGAGCCGAGCGUGAAGCUCCCCCACCCAGAGAACCUCCCACUCCCUUUCUCAUCUCAUCCCAGCCCUGGAAGACACUGACUGAGAAUAUCUCCCCAAUGGCCUCUGUCAACCAGAGCUCUGGGCACAGAUUCUGUGUGGCUCCUUGCUGGUCCUUUGGGUCUCUGCUCACAUCUGGGAAGGGGCUCACUAAAUCCAAACCAGGAACUCUGACUUGUGCCAACCAUAGGAUGACUCAAGUGGGAGGAGACUUUACCCCCUCACCAGAAGAGCCUACAUUUCUCUGCUGAACACCCACUCUUCUUAGGGACUCUUGCUGGGAAGUCCCAAGGGAUAAUUCUAGCCCUUCUACCUGUGUAGA